CAAAUAUAAACAAAAUAAUGUGUACGUAUUCACCUAACACUUGUACGAGAAUAAACCAAUUCCCAAGGAUUUACAAACUAUGUACAAUAGUUGGAGAUGUUUAACGGAAUAGAAAUAAUGCUUAUUUAAUGGUUACUAACCUGUCCAGUAAUACCGGUAAUCAGGGCAACUUUCCUCGGUUUCUCUGCUUCAGCCAUAUCACCCAACAUAGUAAUAUUCUAGAAUGCGGUCUCUAAUCGUAUUUAUCGGCGUAUUCGUGCUGUUUGCACAAGCCCAGGCUCAAUCAUAUGAGAACAACAGAUGCCGAUGUGUUUGUCCAAGUAUUUCAACUGUCACCAACAGUUCUGAAAGCAGCCACAAAUCAAGGAUCAUCCGUAUUGCAAAUGUUUUACCAAACAAAUGCAAUUGUGAAGGUGUUAUUUUACCAAUUUAUGAAGAGCAGUUGCAAAACAAGUCUCAGGAGUUUUGCCCACGCUGUGAAUGCAAUUUUGAAUACAGGAACAUAAACAUAAUUAAAUAUGUUGUGAUUAUUGUUAUUUGGGUCAUAUCAACUUUGGUGAUAUAUAUGGCGUUUUUGAUCAUACUGGAUCCCUUGUUGAAUAAGCGCAAUAAGGGCAGCUACCAGGAACAUACCAAUGAAGAGGAUGAAACUGCUGCUGGUGUGGGUGGACCAAUGGCACAUAACAUGAGUGUUAGGGGCAAUGUAUUAAACAGAGUUGGCCAUCAGCAGGAUAAGUGGAAGAGACAGGUUAAGGAGCAAAGAAGAAACAUUUAUGAUAGACAUACUAUGUUGAACUAGAUUUUAUAUUGUGAUAUAUUAUGUAUUAAAACUAUAUUCCUUUAACAAAAGUAAUAAAUAUUUAUAGGAUUUA